AUGCGUCGGCUGCUUAUACUGCUGCUCCUCUGCGCCACUGUCGUACAUGCCGUAAGUUUACCUUCUUCUUUUAUUUUUUUAUUAUUUUCUUCUAAGGCCAUAAGCAUGAAUAUUUACGCCACGUAGAGAAGUUUAGAGCAGGUAAUUUGAAGUUUUCGAACUUUUAGGAUCAAAAAGUUGAAUGAUCCUUUAUCGAAACUCGUUAACGCUGCUAAAUCUUUGUGCAUAUGACCUUCUUUUUUUUUAUUUUCUUCAAACUAUAAGAUGAACGGCUGUUUUGAAGUUCUCUUUAUUAUUUACUAGCCUGAAGCCGAAGCUUACGUAUUUUUCUUCACAAUUUUUUCCAUUUUUAGUUUUGAAAAUUUGUUUUUUUUUUUCAAUUACUUUCUUCUUCAAAGUCUAUAUACAAAGUAGGUUCAAAUAAGAGCUAAAGCUUAAUUUUUCCGUAUUUAGUCUUGUUUAUACUCCUUAGUUUCUGAGCGAAUUUUUAGAGGUCCAAAUAAUUUUUCUUCUCAUUUUUCUCUUUUUUUGUACUUUGGAGCUUUCUUUCUUUUAAUUUUCACAGCUCUUAGAAUAAUUUGAAGUUGAGAAAUUGGAUUUUUUUCUCUGAACCUUGCAGGGGACAACUUUAGAGUUUGGAGCCUCAAACUUUUUUUCGGAAUAUUUUUUUGAAAGCCCAAGGUUUCCUUUUUUCAUUUUUUUGCUUUUUUUGUAAAAAAAAAUCUUGUUUUAAAAUCCAUGAAAACGAUAGUCUAUUCCAACAUCAUGUAUUUUUUGCAACCCAAAUGCUCUUCUGAAUUUCCAUUCUGCCUUUGUUUGUUUUUUCCUUGUUCCGCUGUGCUUCGUUUUUGUAACAAAUCCCCAUUGUGCGACCUUCGUGCUCCCCAACUAAGCCAACGGACCCGUCUAAGUUUCCCGAAACACCGGCGCUUGAACUCGCUGAGAAAAGCCAACAAAAAAGUCCUUUUUUUCUGACUCGGGUAGCCAUUUUUUGAGGUUGAAGGGUUACGGAUAUUAUUUAAAAAGGAAAAUUAUUCGCUUGGAAAUUCUAGGAAAAAUUCGGAAAAAUAAUAGAAAGCUUACCGUUUUUAUUUUAGAAGAACCUUUUACUUUAGUCAUUCCAUAUCCAAAAAAAUACUUUAGUAUAUUCAGAAGGAAAAAAUCUUUUUUCUGACUCUCCUUGUCUUUUUAGAGGUUGAAAGAUUUUGUAUCAUUUUAGCUUUAGGGGAACAUAAAAUAAACCGCUUGUCAAGAAAUAUUUCAUAAAACUUUUUUUAGGGAUUGUGUAUGUUAACCAUUUCCUGUGCGACCACUUAGUUUAAAAAGUUUUUUUGGAGGUUCUUGAGGUUCAAAAACCAUACCUCAGCAUUUUAAAAUUAAUUUAAUUUUGAAAAAUAAGCCUGAAAAAUCUGCGACUCCUUUGAAAUUUUUUCUCAAUGUCUAUAAGAGGAAUCAUUCAUCUUUCUGAAGUUGUAUUAUGACUUUUCAUGUUUUUGAAGCCUUUUUUUAGAGUCAGAAAAAAAUAUUUUGAAAAAAGUUUUCAAAAUUUUUAAAGAGGUUCCUCCAUAAGUCUCACUUAUUACCCUAGAAUCCUGAGCUUUUUCUAUGAAAAAAUCAAAAUAUUUACAAAGAUCUUUCUUUAUCACUUUUCUUCCACGUAAUUCACAAAUUGAAUUCAUUCAUCAUUCCAUUUUGCUCCGAGAAAAAAAACCGCCUGACAAUCAAUUUUUCCGAGCUGGAAAGGGCCGCGCUCAAUUUGCUCGUAAUCAAACAAUCGACUUUUUUUUUUCUCGCGCCCAUUUGCCGUUUGAUCUACCGGCUAUGGACAGCUGACGGGUGGUGCAGAGAAAUCCGGUAGAAAUUCUUGAAAUUGCGAACAGAAAGAGUGUGAUGGCAGGAGUAGGAGAGCGGGAUUUUCGAGGAUUCGUAAUAGUUAUUGAACCUUAUGCCGUGUUCAAUUUGAUUCCGCUAAAUGAGGAAUUAUCUGACCCUCCAAAAUGUAGUGAUCUUUUUCUUUCUCUAACGGGUAUUUCGAUCAAGAAAAUUUUCCUAAAAUGAGCAGUAGGAGAUUUUUUGGGAAAGUAACAGUCGGACAAGGUUUUUCCGAGCCAGAAUUUAUUCUGAAAUACUUUCUGCAGUUGAUUUCCGCUUUUUUGAAACAAUAUUGACACGAUUAUUCCAGAAAAAAUGGAUCAAAAAAGAAAUGAAAAAUAACAAAGUUUUGAAAUAAGAGAAGAUGAUUCGAUAAGUUUGAAGUAGAAACUUAUAAGCUCAAUAAAUUGACAACUUACGAGGACCUGGGAAACGUAUUUUAUUUUUGGGGACGUUAUAGUGAAAAAUAGUUGAGUUCUCAAAAAGUGCAUUUUCAUAGUCUAAUCAGUGAAGAUCUUGAAAUUCGAUUUUUUUACAUCGUUUUUUUGUUUCGGAUAUUGGUUUUUCUAAUGAAAGUCCGGUCAGUGAUUGCUUUAAGGAAAAAAAUUUUAAAUAAUCUUUCUCUCAAAUUGAAUUUUUUUCCAUUUUGAAAAACGGAACACUAUUUCUGAGGCUCAAAAAAAUGUAAUUUUUUUCUGUUUUUUUCUCUCCUUUCCCUUUUUAUUUAAUGUUCUUUGAUAUUUGGGUACCUUUUUUUGAAACGCUAUUUUUUUGUUGCUUCAGCCAAUCGUUUCCCCUAAUUUUUUUGGCUAAAUUUCGUAAAACGAGGGGUUUUUUUAUUAAUACUUGCCGUUUAUUUCAAUUUUGUGAGUUCUUUCAAACUUUAUUCAUUGCCAAGGACAAAAAAGUACAUAGAAGUCUAAACCUCUCCUUUCCGCGCCUUAUUUUUCUACUCGUUUCGAGUCCAACUCAGUGGAGAAUGAACUAUUAUUUUUUCAUUUUUUCAUCUUCACUGAUUUUUUUUUUUCUAGCCUCCCAUUGAAAGUUGAUCAAUAUGUAACACAAAUAAAUUUUUCUAGAUCUGCCAAGAAAUGACUCAAGUGUUUCUUUUUGCACUUCCCCUUUGUCUCAACCUGAAGAGAGAAAAAAGAUCAAAUAUAAGCCCCCGGAGAGCAAUUUUUGAGCCAUCUUUGUCUUUUUCUCUCUGUGUAGAAGGCGGAAUUCGGAUUGCGCGAACACGAACGCAUUAGCGACUGUUUGCAGUGUGAAAACAUCAUUUCGGUUUGCUUUGAGUUCCUUUGGAGCAGAACAGAAGAGCCCAAAAAUGGUGUGGAGCAAAAUGUGAACAGUAGAAAUAGAUGUAAGAGGAUAGCUUUGGUGCAAAAAGUGGCGAAAAUAACUGGAGUCAAAAAAAAAAUUCCUUGGAAUGUUUUUUGAGUUUUCUAGAGACUUACGAACUCAUCUAUGGGUUUUCGAAAAAAUUUAUGAUUUUUGCUGAUUGAGCGAAAAGCUCUUUUGUUUUUUGUGGCGUUUUCAAUCCUGAACGGAAGGAGCUUUUAAAGAAAAUCUCAAUAUUUUCUAUAGAUAAUUAUUUUUCUUUCGUGUCACUCUUUCAGCUGUAGCUUUCCAAAGACAAAAUCAGGAAUUCCAGAGUGGCCUCUAUAGGGGUUAGGGCGGAAACAACCCCUAUAGGGGACGGAAAAGUGGCCCCUAAAGGGAUACUUUUACAGUUUGAAACUCCUGGGAGCGUCAACUCCACUAUUAUUUUUUUUAAAGGCGGGAAAAAUUUGAAGAUUUUGAAGAACUUCCAGGGUUUUUCUUGAUUUUGUUGGGAGUACUGGCAUUUUUAGAACAACUUUCAAAUAAAACUACUUUUCUUGUCAGCAAAGGUUUUUCUACAGAUUGAAUGCACCAAAAGUCGGACCAAUCAUAAUGUUUCUGAAGAAAAGUUCAAAGAUUUUCUCGUUCUCGUCGUUCAGUCAAUUGAAAAACGAAAAAAAAAGAUAUUAAUGGCGAAACUUAUGAAUUUCAGGGCCGUCGGUUAAAACGACAAUGCGGCUGUACGAACUUCUGCAACUGCCAGCAACCUCCGAUCGUCUACCAGCAGAAUAUUCAGCCGAAUUGCGCAUGUCAGCAAGCUCCAGCCUGUCAGCCCCAAUGUCCUCGAGCGGAAAUCGUCGGGAUUCUUUGUAGAUCCUCGAUGAUUUUAGUCAUUUCCAGAACUCGGAUUGUGCGUCGACGUGCGUCAGGGCGUGUAUCCCGGCCUGCUCCAGGACGUCGGGAAAUGUCAUCGCCUGCUCUUCACAAUGCGACAAGACCUGCGUCAACACGUGCCGUUCUGCUGCCUCGGCCGCCAUUCAGAUCAAAGUUCGUUUUUUGAAUUGAAGUUUGAGCCGACUUAUAUAAUUCCUUGUCAAUUGAAAAAAGCUAGGUUUUAAAAAAGUACAGGAUCAUUUUUUCAAAGAUUUUCCCGUUCGGAAAAAAAUCUUUUAUCGUUAUGAAAAAGUUUGAUUAAAUUUUUUUAGUGCUUUCCAAAUUAAUUUAUAAAUAACGUAAAAACUGGCCAAUAAAAAUGAAUUUCCAGGUCACACCGACCGUCCAAACAAGCCCAGCUCCUCCCACUUGUCAGUCCACCUGCCAGAACGCUUGCCAAACGGCCUGCGUCGCCAACAAAGCUCCGCCUUCGGUCUGCCAGCAGACGUGCAAGAACUCGUGCCAGUUCGGCUGCGCCACUCCAGAAACGAUUCCACAGGCCGCCGCUCCUCAGGCAGCCAUCCGAAUCACCCUCGACAUCAACGACCGCUACUUCGACACCAACUGCGACACGAAAAUGCUCUCAAGCCUGCCAUUCACAAUGCAUUUCGCAAGGAAAUGCCGCUUCUCCAUGCGCGUCUUCUUGCGAUGACCAGUGCGGCAAUCAGUGUGCUGCUCGAGCUCCGCCUCCAACUCCAGCUCCAGCUUCGAUCCAUCAGGUGCAGAUCUCCUUCCAGCCUGCCCAAGCAGCCAGUACCUCCUGUCAUUCUCGUUGCCAAAACGCUUGCCAAUCGUCCUGCACUGCUGUUCAGAAGAACGUCUGCGCUCCGUCUUGCGCCGCCGCCUGUGAUUCCCAAUGUUCCGAGCCUGCGACACCUCCGCCCAAGCAAUGUGUCUCGGCCUGUAUGCCGGCUUGCGAGCCCCAGUGCAUCAAUCCGAGUACCGCAGCACCUUGCGUUGCGGCUUGUCAACCAGCCUGCACGCCUCAAUGCGUAGAGCAGCAGCAGAAUCCUCAGCCACCACCAACCUUGGCGCCUCAAUGCGUUCCUUCCUGCCAACCGCAAUGCCUGCAGACUUGCCUCGACGCUCUGACGACACCAGCUCCUCCACCUCCACCUCAAUGCAUUCCACAAUGUCAGCCCGCCUGCCAGCCGCAGUGCAUCCAGGCCGCGACGGCUCCACCUCAGCAGGUUACCUUCACAACUCCACAGCCUCAAGAGGCCACUUGCAUCGCCGCUUGCCAGCCGGCCUGCACUGAAGAAUGCAUCAAUCACUUCACUUAUCUUCCUUCUUCAACUUCCUCACCAACACUCCAAGACUAUGACUACAGCACAGUAGAGCCAGAACCUAUAGAAGUAGAAAGCACUGAACCUUACACUACUACCACCAGACAGUUCACUUUCACAACCACCCCAGAUUUUCUCACGACCACACAGCCAACGACGAGCUUCACCUUCACCACGACGCCUUACUUAGAAACUACCUCAUCGACGCCAAUGCCGAUUCAGACGACGACUUCACAGCCUCUAACACUCACCACCACAACUGUAAGUUCAUCCCAGGUGACGGUAGCCCUUCCGUACUGCUUGCCAGCCUGUUUACCGCGCUGCGAGCCGACCUGCGUUCAAGCCAUCAAAGUUUUAGCUUCUAUCUCAUGCCCAGCCGCAUGUAAACCGGCAUGCUCACCUCAAUGCGUCUCCCAGGUCGUGGUCCCACCUCGACCAUCACCUCCACCUCCGCCACCAGCUUACAAUCAGGUAUCUAACUGCGUCGCCGCUUGUCAGCCGAAAUGCCUACUCGAUUGUAUCAUGCAGCACCGUUCAGUUCGACCCCCUGAGCCAACCCAAAACGCCCUUAACAAUGAAACUCCUGAGUUGCUUCAAAAUUCCAACACAGAGUAUCCAAUCGAAGUUGAUCAUCUGGAAGAACAAGGACCGCACUACACUAUCAUCGACACUGAUCAUCCGGACGUCGACGAAGGCUUCGAUAAUCAUCAUUCUUCUUUGGACAACAAUUAUCUGUAUCCUGGAGGUUGCUCCAGCUUCUCAAGCUCAAGUUCAGCAGCCGCAGAAACGUCACGAAACACAGUUCUACAUAUUGGUAACAACUAUGAAGUCCUGGAGCCAAGCUAUCCGGCUCAUUACAUGGAAGCUGACAUUCCACCGACGUCAUCAGCCUUUCAAAUAAUCUCGGCCAAUGGCACGACGAUAGUUCAAGAAGCACACAACGUAGCUCUUCCGAUGUUUGAAGGAGGAAAAAGAAAAACUGGAUCAUCAAGAACUCUGACUCCGAUUAGAAACGAUAUUCCUUUUCGCUGAACUUGUCGCUCCUCUACCCUAUGACUACGAGCCGCCGACGGAGAACGACGAGGACGACCUUCACUAUUCCUGUAUCGAACAAUGUAUGCCCCAAUGUCACCCAGCUUGUCUAACCGAAUACCUUCCCGUUAAAAAUGCCACCACCACAGCUUCCCCACCUGCCAGCACCUGCGCACCAGCUUGUCAACCGAUGUGCACGGCGAGCUGCCUCGCCUCCCUUUUUUGUCCUCUGUCCUGCCAGCCUGGCUGCAAUCCGUCAUGUCUGCAGAUUUCUCAACCAGCUCCACAGCCGCAAUGCGUUCCCGCCUGUCAGCCGGCCUGCGAGCCUCAAUGCGUUCAGUCUCAAACCGUCACCAUCACCGUCACGAACCAACAGGUCGAGUGCAUUCCCCAAUGCCAACCGCUUUGCGAACCACAAUGCUUGGUCGCUGACAGCCUUCAGAAGGUUCGCUUAUUCCCCUAUGCUUUCCUGUGUGUUUGACGGAAAAGUUCCUAAUAUACAUAACCGAUUUGAAAAAGCUUACUGGAGUUCCUAAAAAAUUUCCUUUUCAAAAUUGCAUGUUUGAAGGCUCCACUAACCUCUUAUCUAUAAAGCUGUCCUAGAACUAGAGACCGCAGAGCCACGCCCCUUUUUGCGAUGGUGAAAUGCACUGGUUUUUUAGAUUUCGUGUUUGAUGUUUUCGUAAAAGCGCAAUACUGAAUCAAACACAGAGAAAUUUGGUGGAAACAUAGAGAAAACCUUCCUCUUCAAUCUCAUAUACUUUUCACCCAAUAUUCAAAGCGUUUUAGCGGAGUGUCGUACAAAAAAACCAAAACUACUUUUUCUUCGGGUUUUUAACCUAGUUCCAUGUCGUUGGCGCCUUUUUUUAUUUUUCGAAUUCGAUUCUUAAGUGAAAAAAACAAAUUUUUUUAGGACAAAAAUUAAAAAUUUUUUUACGGUGCCUGAUCUUCAUGAGGCUGCGCAAAGUUGAAAAAUGUUGUACUCGGUUUUCGAGAGCGUGUAAGUAAAAAAAUUUUUUUAUUUUAACUUGUGCAUUAAAUUGUAACUAAAACUUUAUUAGUAUAAAACUUAAUCCGAAAACUUUGUUUUCUGAGAAAAAAAUAGACAGUGAAAAUUUCGAAAUUUAUUUUUAACAUGGUUAGAUUUUGUUGGCGCCUUUUUUUAUUUCUUAAAUAUUAGCGUAUCUCAAUUUUUCAAUCAAUUAAAAAAAUAAAAUAAAAAUUUCCACGGUGCCUAAAAAGUUUAACUAUUGUUAAUUUGAAGCCAACGUUUAAAAAAAUAACAAAAAAACGCCGAAAACGGAAGCAUUUUUUUGAACUGAAUCUUUAUGAAUAAAUUAUUUUAAGGUGGUCCGAACACACGUGACUAAUAAUUGUUCAAUUAUCAUAACUUUUUUUAAAACAAAACAGACGGUAAAUGCUGUACUUUGAGGUGAAGUGGUGUAUAGCGCGAACGCCUCUUAUCUCCGAGGGAUGUGUGUGGAGCAGCGCAAGUGCCCUUGCAUACAGUUUUGAUAUCGCGAGUUCAAUCCUCGCAGCGGCCGUUUUUUUAUUUUUUUCAAGAAAAAAAUAGCUUUUCUUUUCAAACUUGUGGUUUUUAUACUGUUUUAAUGACUUAUUACGACUUUGAAAACCAAACUAAACUACUAAAAAAAUUUAAAUCCGAUAUGAAAACAAAAUGAACGACCAAAAAGUGUAAAAUCUAUACUUUCAGUACUAAAUUUUUGCGACUUUUUUUCACUACUGUUUUGACCAUAACUUUUUUUUUUCUCAACCUUUUUCGAAAAACUAAACUGUUUUGAAUAGUAAAUUAGAGCAGCUAUCCAACCAUAGUAAUAUUGAAGUUCGAAAAAUUUUUUGAAAAUUCGUCUGCGGUCCCUACCUAGAACAUUUUGAUGUGUUUAAAUUUAUUUCGCAAAUUCUAAAUUCAAAAAGACGUGUUCAAAGUAAUUUCCGUGAAAUGCAAAAUUAUCUCUGACUCUCCAAAAUUUAGUUUUGUUUUUCUUUCUCUGACGGCGAUUUUGCAUUUCGCGGAAUAUUUUUGAACACGUCAUUAUAAUAAAAUGCUCCUUGGAGCGAUUUCGAUUAUGCUCAAGUGAUGACUAACUCGAUAUGUUUUUUACGCGAAAUCACUUUGAAAGAGCCUUUUUUAUUUUGUUUUGAGUUUUCAGUUCUAUUCAAAGUAUUUUCAAGGAAAGCGCAUGCUUAAAUCAAUUCCGCGAAGUUUCCUUUUUCAUUGGAGUUGGCGAAAAAAUGAUGAUGUGUUUGCUCAAUUAAGAGAAUAUUCACGAAAAAUGGCUUUAUCUGUAUUUUGUUUCUAAAUCUUUGCGAACCCUGUCCCAUGCCAACAGCUUCAUGCUUUCUAACAGUUACCGUCUUGCCUAACCGAAUGAAACGAAACAAACGCUUCAAACCCGAAUAUCCGAAAAAGGCUUUGCAGCAGCUUCAAUCCCAGCAGUCGUGUCCGGCCGCGUGCCAGCCCCAGUGCAACAGCCAAUGCGUUCAGGUUUCGGUGACGUCGCCGCCCUUCAUCCUGUACCCCCAGGCUGUUCAGAAUACAGCCGCCGCGAACCCCUGUCCUUGCGUCGAUCAGUGCCAGAACGGCUGUCGCCAGCACAACCCUGACGUUCAAGUCUGCAAGAAUGUCUGCGACGAGGUUUUUUGGUUUCUCUAAUAUUCUUGUUUCGCAACAUCUUUCUGAGCUUUUUGAAGUCCUAAGCGUGGAAGAGAAACCGAUUUUUUUUUCGGUUUUCUUGAAAAAAUCGCUCUAAAUUUGUUAUACUUUACUUUUUUAAAGUAUUCAGGUAAAGAUAUGUCAGAACUUUAAUGUAUGAAUAUCAGCUUUAAAGCAAGAAAAGAAAACUAAGGUAAACCGUUUUUUGCAACCACACGGCCUCAGCUAAAGAUCUCGCCACGAAGAGAUUUUUUUAUGUGGAAUUUUCUAUUUUUGUUCUUUCUAAAACCCUGCACUCCUGAUAAUAUCUUUCUUUUUUUGAAAAUUUUUGGUUCAACUUCAAAUUUGGUUUUUAAAAACCCUUUUUCAACCGAAUUUUUUUUUUAGUUAUGAAUCCUUGAAAUGUUCCUUGAUAGUCACAAUUUCAUUUGUUCUAUUCAGUUUCUUUGAGUAAGCUAAUUUAAAAUGGUCGAUUUUCUACGAUUUUGUGUUUUAGUCAAAUGUCUGAAGGAUUUCCAGGCCCUUAUUGUUUAUAAUUCAUUUUUUUCCCAUUACUUUGAAUACGCUCAUCAACAACUCGGUUUUUUUCUUAGUUCGGGAUUAAUGCGAUUUUUUUCAUAGGGGCCAGUUCAAAAAAAUGGAACUUUUUUUAGAGUGAGUUCCAUUUUUAGUAUGGAACUUGAAAAAAUUUAGAUCACAUUUUACUGUUUUAAGUAAACCUUCCGGAUCGCAAAUAGAUCAUAUAAACCUAAUUUUUAGAUGUAGAAUAUUUCCAAAACUGUCAUUUUCUUUUCUUCUUGUGGUUGCGUUAAUAUUAUUAUUAUUAUUAUGUAAUUGGCCUGUUAGAAAUGAGCGGCAUAGCUGGUUCACGGCUGGCUUGAGCCAUCGGAAAAUGGGUCCUGACACGAUAAGAAAAGAGACAGUGCCUAAUUGGUGAAGAGCACAGAUAGGCCACGCCCUUUUGAGUCCCAAGUUAGCCGUGAAUCGACUAUAUUGUUGAAACAAGUCUAAUAUUAUAAUCUAGGUCUGCGAAAACGAAUGCCCACGAGCGCCGGUGGUCGGAAACGCGAUCCCGCAGCCGGCGUACCUCGCUCCGUCUCCCGUCGUGCCUGUUCAGCUCGUCCAGCCACAGCUUUUCAUCAACUUUGCCGUUCCGGAAUGCGUGCCCGUCUGCGAGCAGGUCUCCCGAAACCCUUUCCAUCCUCACUUGUCUUCUUUUCUUUGUUUCAGUCUUGCAACUCGCAAUGCGUCGAGCGUUUGCCGCAGGACCACUGCGGCAGCGUCUGCCACUCCCAAUGCCAAGUCGCUUGCACUCAGGUUUUUUUCCUGUUAAGUUGGGAUGAUUGAUUCGGUUCGAUUGGAUCUUUUUCAAUCAACUUUAUUGAUUUUAAACUGCUCUUUGUAGUGCUGUUUAAAAGCCAUGUACAAGCUAAAAUUAGACAAAAAGGCCUUCUAAAGCAUGCAUGGGCUAGUUUGAACAUUCUAGUCACUAUUUUUGAACAAAUCUCUUUUUUUUUUUCAUUAGAAAUGAUCCAAACCAAGCGUGCAGUGAAAUGAUAAGUUUCAUGGAGUUUAGUUUUUUUUUAUAAGCAAUAUUGAUUUCUAGCAAGCUGCUCCAGCUCCGGUGGCUCCAGUCCAGCAGGCUCAGCCUCAAGCUCAAUGUCCCGCGAUUUGCCAGCCAGCCUGCGAACAGCAAUGUGUCUCCCAACAACAACCCAUCCGUAUUGAGGUUUUGAUUUUUUUCUGAAAAUGUUCAAAAAAAAACAUUUUUUCAAAUUUUAUCCUAAGAACUGUGUACAGAAGUUUGCUUUGCGUAUCAAUUUUUUCAUCAAGGCGACUUUUUGAGAAUUAUAUUUCCAAUACAUAUCUAUCCCAAUAGAAGCUUUUAGGACGGUUUUGGAUAUAGAAAAAAAUUAGAUUGAAGAAAAGUUGAAUGGAAAUAACUGGCUGGGUAUAACAAAUUAUGUUGCCGAUUCAUGGCUCAUUCGAAUCGCAAAGAGGCGGUGGCCUUUCUCCACUCUCCACCAAUCAGGCACUCUCUCUUUUCUUAUCGUGUCAGGACCCUUUUUUCGAUGGUUCAAGCUAGCCGUGAGUCAGCUACAUCGCACGACAAUUUUAAAAUUGAAAGGACUAUUUUCAAUCAAAUGCACUUUAGGUGAAGCUGCAAGCGCCGACACAGUGCCAGCCGAUGUGUGAGCAGAGCUGCGUCUCCGAGUGCCAGGCCUCGACCCAGAACAUCGGAAGUGCGUCCUGCCAGCCGACCUGCUCGGCCAUCUGCGCUCAGUCUUGUGCGCCCCAGCCGACUGUCCAGCAACCUCCACAGCAGCCAGUUCAACAACCACAGCCUCAGCAGCAAUGUGCUCCCAAAUGCAUGUCCGAUUGUACCAACCUGUGCCCUGCUAAGACUCCUCAGUGCGCUCAAGGUAACGUUCAGGGGGAGGCAAGAAGCCUUACUCAAAAUCAAAAAGACAAGCUAAAAAAGGAGAACACCGUCACAAAUAACUUUUCAGGAUGCGAAGCAAGCUGCCAGCAACUCUGCGGCACCGCUCCGACGCCAGUCCUCCAUUUAACAGUCAAUUACAAUUGCGACUUGUCCUGCGACACUCAGUGCAAACAGCAGUGUUAUCAUCAGCGUAAGUCAUUUUUCUCUAUGAAAAGAAAACGUUCUAAAAUAAGAUUCUGAAUGAAUUUCUUUCAGCCGCGCAAUGUGCUCCAGCUUGUGCCCAAGCCUGCGAAACUCAAUGUCCCGCCGUCAGUUGUGAAGACGCCUGUCAGACCGUCUGCAAGGUGAAAAUACAGUUAGAACUGACCAAGGACCUUUUUUCGGUUCCAGGCUAAACUUUGGUUGUAAUUUAGGAUUACCAGAUUCGAGAACAGCGCAAAAAAUGAAUCUUUUAUGAGCAAUUUUGGAGGAGCUCCUAUAGAGACCACUGUAGGGAACGAUUUGGAAGUCCCUUGAGUGCUUCCUGAGCGAUCAAUCGCAACCCUAAAGCUUUAGGGUGUUCCCUAUGUCUUUCAGGGUCCCUAAUAUCCCUAUAGGGGCCACUCCUUAGUAAAUUCCGCAAACUACAUAAGUUAAAGCGUUAUUUCAGGAUUCAUAAGCUUAAUAAAUCGUAAUCAACAAUCAUUAAAAUUAUUCGCUUUUUUCUGUAUUCAUAUUAAAGUACACUUCAGCCAGAAAAUUAAACCGAAGUUUCUCUCGUGAAUAAAUUCUCUCAAAAAAAGUUUCAGGGUCAAUGCGUUUUCUCGGGACAAAAUUCGCGUCAGUGCGCACCGGCUUGUGCCCAAUCUUGUACCGCUCUAUGUGCCAAGAAGCGAGUCAAACGAUCAUAA